UCGGGGACACGUAGCUAGGCAACGUUAGCACGGAAGAGCAGAGUGUGCUAGUUAGCUAACUAGCUAAACUAAGCAGUGUUAUCUGUGCUUGGCGUACUGUAAAUGUUUAAUUUUUAGUUUUUUACAUUAGUUUAGAGUGUAUAUAUCAGAAUACCGACCAGAAAACAUUUUUAUAUAUGUGAUAUUUGUGUGUAGUGGUGAUUGGAACUGAUUAUGGGGCGUAGCUAGUUAGCUACCUACCUAGCAAGCUAAGCUAUGCUAUGCCAACUGUAUUCUAACUGUAUUUUAGUUAUUUAGAGUUAGCUUAUCUUAGCAUUAGCUUUUCGUUUAUCCUCAGUACUGCACGGUUAAGUACAAGCGUUAGGUUGAAAAUGUCGGAGUCUGGACACAGCCAGCCCGGGCUGUACGGACAGGGCCGGAGGAGGCGGCGGCGGAGAGACAGGGAACCCGGGCCGCCCGGCCAGAACCUCUCUGGGCCGAGCCGAGACCGGGAUUUUGGUCCUCGGGAGCGGCGGGAUGGAAGUGAAGAGCCCCCUGGUCCGCUCCUCCAGAAAACCCCUAUCAUUCUAGCCAAGCCUCCCGGAGAGAGGUCAAAGCAGAAUGCUCCAGUUGGUGGUACCCCUUUGGAGAAGCCUAUCAUGCUUAUGAAACCUAGAGAAGAAGGAGGGAAAUCUGUUGCUGCCCCUGAAACUGCACCUCCAGCAUCUGGGCCUGGAGUUGCAAAGCUGGAGAGGGAAGGCCAGCGCCCAACGCAGCCAGUCUACCAAAUUCAGAACCGGGGCAUGGGCUCUGCUGCUUCUACUGGGGCUGUUGACCCUGUGAUUGGCCAGACCAAGCUUCUCCCACCUGAGAAGAUGAAGCACAGUAUCAAGCUGGUGGAUGAACAGAUGAACUGGUGUGACAGUGCUAUGGAGUACCUGCGUGACCAGACAGACAUGCUGGUUGUAGGAGUCAUAGGACUGCAGGGGACAGGAAAGUCCACAAUCAUGUCUUUCCUCUCAGCUAACACACCUGAAGAGGACCAGAGAUCAUAUGUGUUUAGAGCUCAAACCCAAGAGAUCAAAGAGCGAGGAGGCAACCAGAGCUGUGGGAUUGACUUCUACAUCACGCAGGAGAGAGUCAUUUUCCUGGACACGCAGCCGAUUCUAAGCCCCUCCAUCUUGGAUCAUCUCAUUAAUAAUGACCGCAAGCUGCCCCCUGAAUAUAACCUUCCACACACAUAUGUAGAGAUGCAGUCCCUGCAGAUAGCUGCCUUUCUCUUCACUGUGUGCCAUGUUGUAAUAGUGGUCCAAGACUGGUUUACAGACAUCAACCUGUACAGGUUUCUUCAAACUGCUGAGAUGCUAAAGCCCUCAACUCCAUCUGCCAGUCAUGACAGCACCGGAUCCUCAGGGCCAGAUGAUGGAUCUGAAUACUAUCCUCACCUCAUCUUCUUGCAGAACAAAGCAAGAAGGGAGGAAUUCUGUCCUCGAAACCUGAAGAACAUGCACAUGGUGGUGGACAAGCUGAUGGCUCACUCUCAUCUAAAAUAUAAAGGUACAUUGUCCAUGCUGGACUGUAAUAUCUUCCCUGGACUUGAACGGGACUAUCUUGGAACUGAAGUUAAUCUCUUUCUUUUGCCACUGCUGGAGAACGAUGGUGAUGAAGCCUUGACAAGAGCAGGAUCAGGAUCUACGCCGCUUUUCUCCCUGCUGCCUGGCUACAGGGGCCACCCCAGCUUCUCUUCACUUGUGUCCAAACUCCGCAGCCAAGUUCUUGCUAUGUCUCGUAAUCAGCUCUCACACACCAUCCUCACAGAGAAAAACUGGUUUCACUAUGCUGCCAGGAUUUGGGAUGGUGUGAAGAAAUCUUCUGCCCUGUCUGAAUAUAGUCGCUUACUGUCAUAAUCCAGAAAUGUCUGGGAAUCACAGAAAACAGGGACGUCUCUCCUUCCUGUGCUCUAAGUCUUGACCAGAGAACACUCCAUGCACCACGAGAGUGAGGCUUCGAUGACCAACAUGUUCAACUGUCCCUUUAUGAGCAGAGGUCGAGCUCAAAGGGACAACUCUGGUUGGCUGCACUUGCUGCUGAGAUGCUAAGCUGUUGUUUUGUGAACAGGAAAAUACAGCCAAUGCGCUUUUGCUGACAGUGUUGGGUCUUUUACUGACUAAAAGUUUUUUUUUAAAGAAUUUUUGAAUGAGCUGAAGAAUGAUGCCUGAGGGAGCAUCGUCAGAAAUGUAAGGCAUGAGCUUCAGCAGGAUGAGGAUGAUCUCAAAGAAUGAUUUCAGAUGCUGAUCCGUGUAAUGAUCCUUCAGACAACUGUAUGUUUCUUUCUUGUGAAAGUAUUUAUUUGAUAAUAAAAACAGCAAUUCCUCCAUCA